AUUGAAGCGAAUCGCGUAGGUGAGCCGAGCAGAGGCUGGUGUGCCGCUGCUAUGAGCUGCACCAUCGAGAAGAUACUGACAGACGCCAAGACGCUGCUGGAGAGACUGCGGGAGCACGAUGCGGCCGCCGAGUCGCUGGUGGACCAGUCGGCGGCGCUGCACCGGAGGGUGGCCGCUAUGCGGGAGGCGGGGACAGCGCUUCCGGACCAGUAUCAAGAGGAUGCAUCCGAUAUGAAGGACAUGUCCAAAUACAAACCUCACAUUCUCCUGUCCCAAGAGAACACACAGAUUAGAGACUUGCAACAGGAAAACAGAGAACUGUGGGUUUCCUUGGAGGAACACCAGGAUGCUUUGGAACUCAUCAUGAGCAAGUAUCGGAAACAGAUGUUGCAGUUAAUGGUUGCUAAAAAAGCAGUGGAUGCUGAACCAGUCCUAAAAGCUCACCAGUCCCACUCAGCAGAAAUUGAGAGUCAGAUUGACAGAAUCUGUGAAAUGGGAGAAGUUAUGAGGAAAGCAGUUCAGGUGGAUGAUGACCAGUUUUGUAAGAUUCAGGAAAAACUAGCCCAGUUAGAGCUUGAAAAUAAGGAACUUCGAGAAUUAUUGUCCAUCAGCAGUGAGUCUCUUCAGGUCAGAAAGGAAAACUCAGUGGCUACUGCUUCCCAAGCCAUCAAAUAACUGAACUUCUACAUGAUGGCUGGAUUGUCUAUCAAGGAAAGAAGUUCUUAUCUUUCCAUUUGAGUAUUGUCUAUUCAUAGUCUUGCCUCAGACUUAAUUUAGUGUUGAUUAAAGGUAUCAAGUGGCAGUUUAGAAUUCCCAGUCAGGAUUGGCUGUCCACAAAACAGUUUUCGGGUGUGUUAGUGAGUAUAUGUGCUGAGUUUCACCAUUCCUUUCUCCAAGAGACUACUUUUAAUUUUCAUUUCUGGGACCUCUAUUUAUAUAAACUGUGCUUUUAGUUCAUUUUUGUUUUUCACAUCUCUGAAACUUUGAGAAUUUUAUUAUAAACCAGCAAUUUUAUUUUACGUAGGAUUGUAAAAUACACUUCUAAGAAUUUUAAAAAGAGAU